ACUGAACUGAGAAUAACCCAUUAAGUGCGUCUUCCCCGCAUUGUAGUCCCAGCCGCCAAGUACCAGGAAGCAUGUCUGGGGCUUUUCGGCGGCGGGGCAACAGGUUUGAUGGUCGCGAUAGUCCUCUCCCUCAGUCCAGGACGACGACGACAAGGAAAGGCAGGAGCUACAAAUGGUCCUUUUCCCUUUUCGUCUUGGGACUUGGGACUCUGAUAUUAGCUUGGAAAGCACUCUUUAAACUCGAUGCCGUAGCUGGACCACCUGAGAGCGUCCCCGUGGAGCGAGAAACGGCCCGUGCUGAAGUUCUCGUUGCCGAAGUGCAACCUCUGUCUUCGCCGACCAUCACAAACCUGCCUUCAACGGCGUUGCAGAAAGUGCAGAAGGUCAGCCACGCAACAAAUGACGCUGUGGAGACUGCAACAGUGACAAAUAGACUGCCGACAAACAAGAAGUUUGAAAAGGAUAAUCCUGUCAGUACUACGGUGGUGUAUACGACACCGUCCGUUGAUCAUGCACAGAAGCAGGUGGCGCAUGCAAAUGCCACGGAGCUCAAUCAAAAGGCAGAACUUGACGACAAGCGUUCCCAGCAACAGGGCGAUAUGGUUAAUCAAGCACGUUUGAGUAGCAACGUCAAUCAGACGCUUUCGGAGGACGAUCGCAAAUGGCUGGAAUCACAAGUGGAAUAUGAGCUGGACGAUGACGCAGCUCAGCAGGCCCGCUUGGAAGAAAAUAAGAAGAAUGCAGAGAAGAAGAAGAAGCUGGCGCAUGUUAACAAGAAGGACAAUACAGCUGCCUAUAUAUUCCCUACCUUACCGUCCUCUUCAGUAUGGUGUUAUGGGGAAGACCGUGCAUCCCGUAUCUGCCGCUUUCGCAAUCUCUGCUAUCUUCCCUCAGAAAAGCAGUGGUUCAUCACGCAAACCAAUCGUACCAUUCAGUCCAAUGUCCCUUUGCACCGUUUCGCUGACGGUCUCCUAGAGCUCUCCACCGUAGAGGGUCACACACUAUUCCGCUUCAAUUUUGUUGAAGUCAGUCCGUACAACCCGCGCUUUAGAAAUCUACCUGUGCGAUAUGAAGAGAAGCUCCACUUUAUGUUUUCUCGCUUGCAUCCGAACAACAUCAUGCACAACUUGCACGAUGACGUAUUGGGAAUGUAUUUUGUUCUUAAGGAAUUCGUCGGAAGAGGAUCUCAGCGACUGGGCAUGCCUUUCUCACUGGAUACACACCGUGUCUUGAUUUACGAUGGUUACGGGGCAUCCCAGGCGACGCGGCCAUUCCAGUAUCUAUCGAGUAAGCCGCUGCGCUUCAGAGCCUAUCUUGAUCAAGAUGAAGAUAUCGUUACCUGUUUCCGGGAUAUCGUACUUGGUAAUAGCAAGCAAACAACCUGGUAUCAGUACGGAUUUGAAGAACCUCAGGGACCAAUACGAAACAAGACGCCGAAUGGCAUGCUUAUUAGGGAGGUGUCAGAGUGGUUUACCAGGAGAAUGGGCUUGUCAUUAGGGGAAGAUGAACAGUACGAUAAAGAUUCGGGCAAGUCAGAGGCAACUGCUAAUAACGCCCCUGCUGAGCCCGUUGCGUCAGUGGACUUUCCAGAAACGGAUUUAAUCGUUAUCAUGGGCCGCCGGAGCAAUCGCCUCAUCUUGAAUGAACGACAAUUGAAAUCUGCGCUAGCAGCUGCAUUCAACCUUAAAGUGCAGGUUGUGACAAACGAAAAACACAGUUUUGAAGAGCAGGUGGCAUUUAUGCGCCGUGCUCGGGUCGUGGUGGGUAUGCAUGGCAGCAUCUUAGUCAUGGCUAUGUUUUGCAGAAGGGGAACAGUUUUGCUGGAGAUGUUUCCUUUUGGUGUCCCAAGUGAAAAUUACACCCCGUAUCGGACCAUGGCUGAUCUGCCGGGUAUGGCGUUGGUAUAUCGAGCAUGGGAGGCGUCAGUCGAGUCUGAAUGUGUCCCUCAUCCUGAAAAUCAUCCCUUACUUGGAGGCAUCGAACAUCUGCCUUCAGACAAACAAGUGCUAGUGCGUGAGAUGAAACGUGUCCCAAAGCACAUUUGCUGUGACAAUCCUUUCUGGUUGUAUAGGAUUUACCAAGACACACGGGUGAACAUUACAGAGGUUAUAUCACUCAUUGAGUCUGGUCUUCAGGAAUCCAGAGGGCUUCUUUCUACCGUGCGGGUCACAAAUUGGGAAGAAACUGAACUGCUUCCACCGCCCGUGAAGGGGAUCGAAUGUCUGGAUGGUCCCACCCGCGAUCCUGGCGAAUUAUGGGUCAAAUGGGCACUGCCUUGGACCGGAGCCGCAGUGGAUCAAUGGAAUGUGCUUAUUUCAGUUCCUGACGAUGAACAAAGAGGGAGCGAACACUGGGUCCCAGGAGAUAAACCAGCUUUGUCAGUCAAAGGAUUCAAAGCAGGUCAGCGUUUGAGGGUUUUCAUCCGGCCAGUGGUAGGCUCUUUUACUGGUGAAUGGAGCAAAGGUCGGUGUAUUGUUUAGAAACGGCACAUAGAUAUCUUGUGACAUAAUAGAAUGCAGUUAUUUAAGCAAGGGGA